CCGCGGCGCGCGGCGGGAGCAGCCCCGGGAGGAGCGGGCGCCCAGCAAGCCCCAGCCCCGGGUGCCUCGGAUCCGCAUGGGGACGCCGGCCGGAGCCUGAGCCAGCCGCGGACUUCCUGACGCCCCCCGGCCGCGCUCAGAGCCUCCCGCCAUGGACUUGGAGAAGCCCAAGGACCCGCUGGUGCCCUCGGAGGACCUCAGCACUGAGAGUCAGUGGGACGCGGUGCCUGAGGCCCCCGGCAGCCUGGGUCCGGUGGACCUCGAGGGGUCAAGCGUUCAGGGCCUGGUGCAGCAGUUUGAGGCUCUGCCCGGAGACCUGAUGGGCCUGCUCCCAGACAGCGCACCCUGCCCUCUGCACAUUGCCACUGGCCAGGGCCUGGACCCCCACGACACGACUGACGCCCACGGCCUCUUGUCUGCUGAGGCUGGUCGGGAUGAUCUUCUGAGGCUUCUGCAGGGUGAGGGGCACUCGCCUUCUAAGCCUGGUGCCCAGGAGCCUCCAGAGCCUGCCCAUCCCCUGUUGCAGCCCCCUGAGGAUGCAGAUGGAGAGUCCGAGCCCCCGGGAUGGGCAGAGGCAGCCUCUGCCGAGCAGGGUGGUAGCAGGAGCUCCAGCAGCUCCCCUGAGCCCUGGCUGGAGACCUCUCCUUUGGUCACACCUGAAGAGCCACCUGACGGUGUCCAGGGCCCCAAGAGCCUGGCUUCAUACCCUGCCCUCCAGGAGGUACCCGGUCCCUGUGACCAUGAGGACCUCAUGGAUGGUGUCAUAUUUGGGGCCAAAUACUUGGGCUCCACCCAGCUGGUGUCGGAGCGGAACCCGCCCCCCAGCACGCGCAUGGCCCAGGCCCAGGAGGCGAUGGACCGUGUCAAGGCCCCCGACGGGGAGACCCAGCCCAUGACGGAGGUGGACCUCUUCGUCUCCACCAAGAGGAUCAAGGUCCUCACGGCCGAUUCCCAGGAGGCCAUGAUGGACCACGCCCUGCAGACCAUCUCCUACAUCGCUGACAUCGGCCAGGUCCUGGUGCUCAUGGCGCGGCGGCGGCUGGCACGGAGGUCACCCCAGGACCGAGGGCGCCGCCUGUGCAAGAUGAUGUGCCACGUCUUCCACUCAGAGGACGCCCAGCUCAUUGCACGAGCCAUAGGCCAGGCCUUCACCGUGGCCUACAGCCAGUUCCUGCGGGAGAGCGGCAUUGACCCCAGCCAGGUGGGCACCCAGCCCAGCCAGGGGGCCGCCAGCCCUGGCCACCUCCACAACGGGGACCUGGACCACUUCUCCAACCGUGACAACUGCAGGGAGGUGUGCAUCGAGAAGCGCAGGGGUGAAGGCCUGGGUGUGGCCCUGGUGGAGUCGGGCUGGGGCUCCCUGCUGCCCACAGCGGUCAUCGCCAACCUGCUGCACGGGGGCCCCGCCGAGCGCUCGGGCGCCCUCAGCAUCGGCGACCGCCUCACUGCCAUCAACGGGACCAGCCUGGUGGGGCUGCCCCUGGCCGCGUGCCAGGCAGCUGUGCGUGAGGUGAAGCCACAGACCUCAGUGAGGCUCAGCAUCGUCCACUGCCCACCCGUCACCACUGCCAUCAUCCGGAAACCCCAUGCGCGUGAGCAGCUGGGCUUCUGUGUGGAGGACGGCAUUAUCUGCAGCCUCCUCCGCGGCGGCAUCGCGGAGCGCGGGGGUGUGCGUGUGGGGCACCGCAUCAUUGAGAUCAACGGGCAGAGCGUGGUGGCCACGCGGCACGAGCGCAUCAUCGAGCUGCUCACCGAGGCCCACAGUGAGGUGCACAUCAAGACCAUGCCGGCCGCCACCUACCGCCUGCUGACGGGCCAGGAGCAGCCCGUGUACCUGUGAGGGCCACACCUCAGUGCCUUUGUCCCUGUGGCUCUCUGCAGCUGCCUGGGACCCCAAAGGAGAUUGUAGCCACCUAUUUUCUAACGUGAAAAAUUAAAAGUUUAUUGAAUGGG